GCGAGAGAGAUCCUAAAUAGAUUCAGGCACCAACAUUACCUACCUGCUCGAGCGAAAUACGGGGAGGACGCUCAAAUACGCGCGCGUCCACGCGCACUCGCUGAGUAGCAAGACAAUAUAAGGCAGAAAUAAAAAGCACAAUUGGAAUUGGAGUUUUCAACACGAAGGCUAUUCCUUAAAAAUUCAAAUAGAAGAAUACAGCUUGACUGAAAAAAGCAACAGCCAUGCAUCUGAACAGAGAAGAAGGGAACAGCAAAGGGUCUCUAUCUAUCAGUGUGUUCCUAGUAUCUCUGGGGCUGACAGUGUGUGCCGUGUGGCUAGUAGCUCUGUGUGGAGUCUGCACCUGGUGUCAACGCAAACUGGGGAAGAGGAACAAGCCUGGUGUGGAAGCAGCGAGCACCCCAGAUUCAGUUCAGAUUCGUGGCCGAGGGGAAAACAAAGCCAUCAAUGAUCUAGACAGGGACUUUUGGAAUAACAAUGACAGCAGCAACGUGCAGCAGAGAUGGAGCUCCUAUCCGCCCAAGGAGUUCCUCUUAAACAUGUCCCCCUAUGCCCCGUAUGGAGACCCUCGCCUCACGCCCAAUUUUGGGGACCCCUCCCUCUCAGCCGCCUCUACUCUGGAGCACAUUCCAUCCUCAGCAGCAGCCCGUCCUCGUCCCCUGGUGCGACAGCAGAGUCUCCAGCAGCCUCUCAGCCACCAGCCCCCUCCGGGCCCCAAUGACCCCCCAGCCACCUCCCAGAGCCUGGGCCAGCUGCACACAGGGCCCGGGGGCGGGGGGCACCGGGGAGGCCCGCGGGGGGUGCGGGGGAGUCCGGCUGGGACAGGUGCUUCCCGGUACAGAGGAGCAGGAGGAGGACGCUCCAGGUCCAACCCAGGCAGCUGGGACCACAUGAUGGGACAGAUCCGCAACAGAGGACUGGAUGUCAAGUCUUUCCUCGAGGGGAAGAUGGUUGUUCUGUCUCUAGCCAUCGGGCUGGCUGAACAAGAUGACUUCGCCAACCUCCCAGAUCUACAGGAAGCACCAGCGUGCCAAGAAAACUCAACUCCACCGGACAAAUCAAGCAGGAGCCUGGGUAAACCUGGGAGCCAGACCCCAGAUGAGGCAGGCCGCCUCGGGAACUCCUCUGUCACAGACCUGACCAACUCUGUCACCACCAGCGACAUUCACAUGCUCUCUCCAGGCUCAGAAGAGGACACAGAAGGGCCUGUGGUUGAGAAGCUGGGCCGGAUUCAGUUCAGUGUGGGCUACAGCUUCCAGGACUCCACCCUGACCGUCAAGAUCCUCACGGGCCAGGAGCUCCCCGCCAAGGACUUCUCUGGCACCUCAGACCCCUUCGUCAAACUCUACCUGCUGCCUGACAAGAAGCACAAGCUGGAGACCAAGGUCAAGAGGAAGAACCUCAACCCUCGCUGGAACGAGACCUUCCUGUUUGAAGGGUUCCCCUAUGAGAAGGUGAUCCAGAGGACCCUCUAUAUGCAGGUGCUGGAUUACGAUCGUUUCAGCAGGAACGACCCCAUCGGGGAGGUGUCCAUUCCCCUUAACAAGGUGGACCUGGGCAACCAGCAGACCUACUGGAAGGAGCUGAAGCCCUGCAGCGAUGGCAGCGGGAGUCGAGGAGACCUGCUGGUGUCACUGUGCUACAACCCUCAAGCCAACACCAUCACUGUGACCAUCAUCAAAGCCCGCAACCUCAAAGCCAUGGACAUUGGAGGCACCUCCGAUCCCUAUGUGAAGCUGUGGCUGAUGCACAAGGACAAGCGUGUGGAGAAGAAGAAGACGGUGACAAUGAAGUGCUGUCUGAACCCCGUGUUCAACGAGUCCUUCCCCUUCGACGUCCCCGCCCACGUGCUCCGAGAGACCACCAUCAUCAUCACCGUCAUGGACAAGGACAAGCUCAGUCGCAACGACGUCAUCGGCAAGAUCUAUCUCUCAUGGAAGAGUGGUCCGGCGGAGGUGAAGCACUGGAAGGACAUGAUGGGUAAACCUCGUAAUGCCGUGCAGCAGUGGCAUGCCCUCAAGGCCUGAUACUGUAGGUCCAGUCACAUCCACCCAGACCACCCCAGCCCCGUUGCCCUGCCCUCCCACCCUAUCGUUAUGCACAAGGCUGACUCGCUGCAGAACAUGGGUACAAAUAGCCAUCCUACGCAUCCAGCCUCUCCUCCUGCCUGUCCUCUGUCAGAUCCCUAAUGAACUUCUCCUUCCUCUACUCCCCUCUGUUUAGCCGGGUGCUUUCUGAGUCUUGUUGCUUUUAAGUCAUACCUUCCUCUCAACAAUUGUUUUUUCUCCUUGGUCCACCUUUACUCUGUUUUACUUUGGAGCGGUACACUCUGCCAGCCCUCGGGCCUCAGCCACCAACAUAAACAGGUUCAAAUAGACCAUAUAAGAACCCUGCGUAAGGAGCUGGUGAAGGGCCUGUCUUUCAGGAAACAUUAUAUCUGUGACUGUGUGACAGACUGACCGACAAGGAAUCCAGUUCCACCAUUAAUCCUGUGUCUCUCUAUCAUUCUCCUGUGGCAGUGAGGGGAGGCUUCUUCUCUCCCUAAUCACUGCUCUCUCUGUCGUCAGAAGCGAUCUGGUUGGCUGUUCAUUUUUUUUUGUUGCUUCCCACGUUGACCCUUUGGUCCGUUCCCUUCUGCAAACACACAGAGAAUAUAACAGGAAGGAUUGAUAGAGAGAGAGAGGCAAACCAAUGGAAUAGAAGAGGGCUGGACUGUGUGGAUGAUAAUGGAAUUAGACGUGACACUGUCACUCCACCCCGUUCAUCAUCUCUGAUCUCUUUCUCUCCCACCACUGUAGUGAUUCUUCCCCGCCUGGACCCCCUUGUUGUCUGUGCGUGCUGUGGGUGAUGUGCUGUAACUCCAAAUGAAGUUCUAGAUGAAAAAAGGGGGAAAUGACUGAUCAUUUACACUGGUCCAUGGGGGAAAUGUAAAAAGACGUUCCUAUUUUCUGGAGAGAAAAAAAAAGAAUAAUGACAGAAAAAGAGUAAAGUCAUCAAUGUUGUGUUUUGUUUUUAAAAAGCCUAAAGAGACCAAUCAAAAUGUUCUUCCAGAGACAGUAAAUAGAAGCAAAAAGACAGCUAUUAUUCUGUCGUAUUCUCUCUGUGUGUGUGUGUGCGUGCGUGCGUGCGUGUGUGUCAGCGAAAGUUAGAGUGUGAAUGCGAGUGCAAGUGUGUGAAAUAUUGGGCUUGCACUGCUAUCAAAUGAAUAACGACAAUAUUACUGAUAAUAAUGAUGACAAUAAUAAUCAUCAGUAUUCUACUGGAUAUGUUUGAAGACUUGGAGAGGUCACAGCAGCUAAGCAGUGACAGAGAGAGAGGGGUACAGUCUGUCAGGUAGUGUCUGCUACCUGGUGUGGAACAGUAAGCAGAGGAGGAACUUGACAUGAACCACCAGUCUUCAUCUGAGCUGCUUUCUCUCAAUUGCAUCAUCCACUGCAGAUAACCAUAAAUAAAUUCCCCUCUCCCAACCGAGUCAGUUUUGUUUCUAAUGGAGCACUAAGCCAAUUGAUCUUGUCCCCAUCAAGGUUGGUACCGUUACCUGUUUGUCUCUCUCAGUAAUUUUGUGUAAUUCUGUCUGUCUGUUGGAACGUGUGUCUGUCAGUUGGUCUGUAAGACAUUUAGUCAACAUCUUAUUCAUUAGUGUGCAUGUUACAGAACACAUUGUUAUAAGAAUAUUAGUAGAUAAAUGUUUAGGGUCUUAGUGGAAGGCUGUUUCAUUACAGACCAACCUCCCUCUGCUCUGUCCUGCUCCUGAUGUUAGAUAGUUGGGUGUUAGUGGGUCUUCAGGACCAGGGCUGUUUCAUUACAGACCAACCCCCCUCUGCUCUGUCCUGCUCCUGAUGUUAGAUAGUUGGGUGUUAGUGGGUCUUCAGGACCAGGGCUGUUUCAUUACAGACCAACCCCCCUCUGCUCUGUCCUGCUCCUGAUGUUAGAUAGUUGGGUGUUAGUGGGUCUUCAGGACCACUGCUGUUAAGGACCAAACCCCCUCUGUUCUGUCCUGCUUCAGGACCAGGCUGUUCCAUUACUGGCCAGACCCCCUCUGCUCUGUGCUGCUCCUGAUGUCAUCCUGGUGUGACCUGUUCCAAGAUUAAGUUUCUCUCUCAUCACACAAUGGGCUGAAUGAUAGCUACACGAGUAAUAAUAUCAACUAAACCUAUUUUCUGUUUUACAUUUGACUGUUUA